AUGCCUCGAAAGGCAAAGGCACCACAAGGAGAGGACACGUUACGUGAGGCGAAUAGGCGCAAGAAAGAACGAGCGAAGAAUUCCGAGUGCUACCAAUUAGGAUUUCUGAUCUUUCUGUUAGUACAACACAAUCGGGAGGUAGUAGUCCAAAACACGGAAAAGAAGUCGAAAAAGACGGAACAGUAUUACCACGUCUCAGAGGUUCGCACGGACCAGAUAUUCAAGUUAAAAGAGGAGGCGGAGAAGGAGGCGCUUGAGAAGGCGAAUUUAGUGCAGAAUGAAGUUCAACGGAAACGGUAUUAUCAGAAGAAUUGUAUGUCAGUGAGUUUCAAUUGGUUAGUCGAGAUGUUAGAGGAGCUUGGCUACAGCUUUGAUGUCUUAAAGUCGAAAGAGAGUGAGAACACUGUGAAGAUGAAACGCUUUAAAAAGGUGAAAUAUGCGAUGCAAUCGUAUGAUAAAGAUGUCAUCGACUCUGUUGGGAAGAAGACAUUGGAAUACCUUCAUCAACGGUUUGAGGAGAACAAUAACAAAGAGAUUGUCGUUGAUGUUCGAAUGAACUUAACUGUGUCAAUUGAGACGAAAGAGAAUUUACAACACAAGAAUGAAGGCGAAGAGAAGGAUGAUGAGAAAACACUCUUUGAAGUGGAGAAGAAAGAGUUGUUCUUAGAAGAACCCAACCCUCAACAGAUGGAAGUGUGUAAUAAAAACACUUUCUCUAAUGCAAGUGGACUCAUGAGUAUGGCUACAUACCCAUCAGCUACUCAAUACCUCCCUUUGGUAUUCGACCAAGAGAAUCCGCCACUAUUCGACGACAAACAGACCUUUCAUUUCGAGAAAAAAGAAGAAAACGAGACGGAGGCAGUCACUUCAUUCUCGAGUUAUUUACCAACAUCGACGGAACUCUCGCUUGGAUCAAACUCGACGACGUUUCAGUACCUCUGA